AUGAAACCUUUUCGUCAUUUUGUUUGUCAACUCGUCGCGUUCUGCCUAUUGGCGGCCGAGCUGUCAAGCUCUGCACCAAGUGCGUCUGUUAAUAGUACCGCAAAUGCUCAGCUUCAAAAUCUUGUAACCUGGGAUGGGGACUCGAUCCGGGUUCACGGAGAACGGAUUAUGUUCUUUUCCGGAGAAGUACACCCCUUCCGCCUUCCUGUACCGGGCACUUGGCUUGAUAUCUUCCAGAAACUGAGAGCAGGUGGUUUCUCCGGAGCUUCCUUUUAUCUUAUGUGGGGACUGUUAGAGGGCCAGCCUGUUCAUGUACGGACUGAAGGCGUCUUCGCUCUGGAAGAAUUCUUCCAAGCGGCGUCGGAAGCGGGUAUCUAUCUGUUGGCUCGGCCAGGCCCUUACAUCAAUGCCGAGGUAUCAGGAGGUGGUUUCCCGGGCUGGGUGCAGCGCUUGAAGGGAACCAUACGUACAAACGACUCGGAAUUCACCGAAUCCACCAUGGCAUACCUUUCUCACGUUGGUGGCAUCAUUGCAAAAGCCCAGAUCACGAAUGGUGGGCCUGUGAUUCUUGUCCAGCCUGAGAAUGAGUAUUCGAUUUGUUCGACAUAUGCUUCUGGAAAUAUCACGGGUUGCCUACAGCCAGACUACAUGGAGUUCAUAGAAUCGCAGCUUCGGAAUGCCGGUGUUACAGUUCCAUUUAUCAGCAACGAUGGUGUGCCGGUAGGAAACUGGGCUCCCGGUUCUGGAGCUGGGGCUGUAGACAUAUAUGGGAUGGACCACUACCCAUUCUCUUGGGGUGUUGGCUGCGACAAUCCUUCCAACUGGGCGCGUGGCGAAUGGCUUCUGAAUAACAUCAAUGCUACAGUCCAGAAAAGAAUAAGUCCAAAUACCCCAUUCGCAAUGACGGAGUAUCAAGGAGGAGCAGCAGACUUUUGGGGUGGAACUGGCGUCGAAUCUUGCACGGCUUUAAUUAAUCACGAGUUUGCUCGGGUCUUUAACAAGCUUAUUUAUGGUUUGAAGGCUACAGUUGUCAACUUUUACAUGAUAUUCGGGGGUACCAAUUGGGGUAACCUGGGGCAUGCAAAGGGCUACACCUCAUACGACGUGGGCGCAGCAAUCUCAGAGAAUCGUGCUAUUGAUCGCGAAAAGUAUAGUGAACUUAAGCUCCAAGGCUAUUUCUUCCAGUCGUCACCUUCUUAUCUUGAAUCUUCUCCUGACAAUGGCACUUUUGGGAAGUUCACCGACAGCCGCAAGGUGGUAGUAACUCAGCUGAAAUCUACCAAGACAGCCUACUACAUUGUGAGGCAAGCAGACCAUACCGCUCGCGUUCCAAACUUCUAUUCUUUAGCCAUUCCCACGAGCAAAGGCAAACUGACUGUCCCGCGGCUUGGAGGUCAAUUAAUCCUAAAUGGCCGAGAUAGCAAGAUUCACGUUGUGGAUUACCCCGUUGGCAACGCCAAUCUUGUCUACUCCACAGCAGAAGUCAUGGCAUGGCGACGGUUCAAAUCGCGGACAGUUCUUAUCCUCUACGGGGGAGAUGGUGAAACACAUGAAUUUGCCGUCGAGCAUGAACACGAAUGCCCAGAAUCUAGUGGGGGAAACCGUUUUAGAUGCCGCUCGAUCGAUUCACUGCUUACUAUCAACUGGGAUGUGCAACCUGAGGGUCAGGUUCUCCGCUUUUCUUCAGGGCUCGAAGUCCAUCUUCUCUGGCGAAAAGAUGCUUACAACUACUGGAUACUGGAUCUCCCUGCACCAGCGCCCAUAAAUAACUAUACAUCGUUCUCUAGGCUGGAAUCUACCAACUCUAGCGUCAUUAUCAAGGCCGGCUAUCUUAUGAGAACUGCCAGGAUGUCGGAGGGUGCUCUGUUUCUCACUGGAGACGUGAACCGAACAACGGAAGUAAAUAUCGUUGGGGCUCCCGUGAUCCCCACUAAGCUGUACUACAACGGUCAGCGGGUUCAUACUACGGGCAAAGGAUCGCAAAUCUCAAGCCUGAUAGAGUACCGAGACCCAAAGAUACUUUUACCGGAUCUUAGCAGCUUGGAAUGGAGAUAUCUCGAUACACUACCGGAAGUGCACACUGGGUAUGAUGAUUCGAAGUGGGUUCCCUGCACAAACAUGCAUACAAACAACACCCGCACCUUGACUACCCCCACCUCACUAUACGCCAGUGAUUAUGGUUUUCACUCAGGUUCCUUGUUAUACCGAGGACAUUUUACUGCUACAGGGCAUGAGUCGUCGCUGUUGAUCUCGACGCAGGGGGGAGAGGGUUUUGGACACUCCAUUUGGCUGAACUCGACAUUCCUUGGCUCCUGGCCUGGCCAAACCGGGGUACUCUCUCGAAACCAAACAUUUAGCUUUCCUGGGAAGCUCCAGGCACAUAAGCCUUACGUCGUUACUUUCUCAGAUGCUCAAGAAAUGAAGGAACCUCGCGGAAUUUUGGACUACAAGCUUUCCGGCCAUACCAGAAAAUCAGAUAUCUCCUGGAAAUUGACAGGAAACCUUGGCGGAGAACAUUACCAGGACCAUAGCAGAGGGCCUCUGAAUGAGGGAAGCCUAUAUGUCGAAAGAAAAGGUUUUCACCUACCGGGGGCUCCUACGGGUAAAUGGGAAAAGACUAAGCUUAAUGGCUUGAGCCAAGCCGGCAUUGGCUGUUUUGCAACGACGUUCAAUCUUGACUUUCCACUCGGUUACGAUAUUCCUAUCAGCCUGGGUAUCAAAAACACGACGAUGCCUGCGGAGAAUAACGACGUUGGCAGAAAGGCGGUUGCGAACUUUCGGAUCCAGAUUUUUGUCAACGGAUGGCAGCUGGGUAAAUAUGUGAACAAUUUGGGCCCUCAAACCUCGUUCGUGCUGCCUGAAGGGAUACUCAACCAUCACGGCCCCAACUAUAUAGUUUUGACGCUGUGGUGCCUGGAUAGAUCUGGAGUGAAGCUUGAAGGGGUUUCGCUAGAGGUUGAUGCCGUGAUACAGUCAGGAAAGAGGGAAACAAGACUGGUUGAAGGCAGUAGAUUUAGCCACAGGCCAUAUGCUUACUAA